GUGUGGCCUCCUGCAGCGUUGACCGUCCCUUUUUCCUGCGUGGUACAGGCUAGACCCUACCUUUUAGCAUGUGCCCUCCUUAAAUGAGCUGUGGGAACUUACUUGACCCAGUUCAGACCAUAGGAUUUCAGAGAAAAGAGUUGUCCUGGGAGAGAGGAUAAGGGUCUGAACUAGACCUGAAGAGGGAGAAUUGGGCUGCCGCCACCACUCAGACACCUGCGUACUCAAUGAUUCCUGCCUCUUGGUCACUGCAUCCAGAGGGGCCCGGAAGGGGAAGGAGGCAUAGCCUCCACCACAGCAGCUGCACCCGCCAUGCAGAGCAUCAAGUGUGUGGUGGUAGGCGAUGGGGCUGUGGGCAAGACGUGCCUGCUCAUCUGCUACACAACCAACGCCUUUCCCAAGGAGUACAUCCCCACAGUGUUCGACAAUUAUAGCGCCCAGAGUGCCGUUGACGGGCGCACAGUGAACCUGAACCUGUGGGACACAGCGGGCCAGGAGGAGUACGACCGCCUCCGCACACUCUCCUACCCUCAGACCAACGUGUUUGUCAUCUGUUUCUCCAUUGCCAGUCCGCCCUCCUAUGAGAAUGUGCGGCACAAGUGGCAUCCAGAGGUGUGCCACCACUGCCCCGACGUGCCCAUCCUCCUGGUGGGCACCAAGAAGGACCUGAGAGCCCAGCCUGACACCCUACGGCGCCUGAAGGAGCAGGGCCAGGCACCCAUCACACCGCAGCAGGGCCAGGCGCUGGCCAAGCAGAUCCACGCUGUGCGCUACCUCGAGUGCUCAGCCCUGCAGCAGGACGGCGUCAAGGAAGUGUUUGCUGAGGCUGUCCGGGCCGUGCUCAACCCCACGCCUGUCAAACGUGGGCGGUCCUGCAUCCUCUUGUGACCCUGGCACUCAGCUUGGAGGCUGCCCCUGCCCCGCCACCAGUUGUGCCUUUGUGCCUUGGCGCCUUGUCUGCCCCCAGCUGUGCCUUAAGGACUAAUUCUGGCACCCCUUGCCAAGGGGGCUCCCUGAAUGCCUUUUUCUCCUUGAGGAGGCCCACGGAGAAAGGGGCUUUGGGCCCUGCCCCACUCUGCUUGGGAACACCAGGUAUGCUCAAGAGCUCACCCAGGCCAAGGCCGGACCCCUCCCCAAGAAGCCAACCCAGUGCCUCCUCCCCACUUUCCCCUACUGACCAGUUGAUCCAGCUUUCCACACAGAUGUUGCUGCCUAUUGUGGUGCCUUCUCUCAGGUUAGGAGCUCUCAGCCAUCCCUAACCUCUCCCUCGCUGCUCUUCAAAUUGCCCCCACCCCCCAAGAUGCUCUCUCCCCUCCCCAGAGAAGGAGCCACAGACUCCUAAGAAGAUGAAUGUGCCCUAACCUACCCCCAUGUGCCCAGGCCUUACGCAUCCGCUGACUGACUCAGCCCCACCCCCACCCCCUCUGGGCUCCUGGGGGCCCCUCCUACCCCCAUCAGCAUCAAUAAAACCU